GCCCCUCUCCCCGCCCUGCGAGGACUUCGUCGGGCCAGGGCGCAGACAGGGCCCACGCGACGGAGCCGGUGGCGGCCGCCGCUUCGCCGAGGAGGGCGGGAGGCAGGGAGGGGAGCUGGCGAGAGCUCUGCGCGCUGUGUUUGGUCUGUCGGAGGCAGCUGACCUUUGGGGAGGAAAUCGCUGCUCUCUGCUCCUUCCUGUAGCAGCAGCUCCAGCCGCAGCCGCUGCCGCCGGCCCGGGAGAGAGAGCCCGGGCGUGGAGAGCCGCGGGGGGCCCGGAGGUGCAAAGUCAUGGCAGGAUGGAUCCAAGCGCAGCAACUUCAAGGAGAUGCUCUGCGCCAGAUGCAGGUCCUCUACGGACAGCACUUCCCCAUUGAAGUCCGCCACUAUUUGGCCCAGUGGAUUGAGAGCCAGGCCUGGAAUUCCAUUGACCUGGAUAACCCCCAGGACAGUGUCCAAGCGGCCCAGCUCCUAGAGGGCCUGAUCCAGGAGCUGCAGAAGAAGGCUGAGCACCAAGUGGGGGAAGAUGGGUUUCUACUGAAGAUCAAGCUAGGCCACUAUGCGACUCAGCUGCAGAGCACUUAUGACCGCUGCCCCAUGGAGUUGGUCCGAUGCAUCCGGCACAUCUUAUACAACGAACAGAGACUAGUCCGAGAAGCUACCAACGUGAGUUUUCCCCCGCGUGGAAACCUGGCCGACGCCAUGUAGAAGCACCUGCAGAUCAACCAGACCUUUGAGGAGCUUGCUGGUCACCAGGACACAAGAGAAGCAGCGAAGAAGCUGCAGCAGACUCAGGAGUUCAUCCAGUACCAGGAGAGCCUCCGAACCAGGGUGAGGCCACGGGCUCAGUUUUCCCAGCUGUCACAGCUGAGUCCCCAGGAGCGCUUGACAAGGGAGACAGCCCUUCAGCAGAAGCAGGUGUCCCUGGAGGCCUGGCUGCAGCGGGAAGCCCAGACUCUCCAGCAGUACCGGGUGGAGCUGGCAGAGAAACACCAGAAGACCCUCCAGCUGCUCCGGAAGCAGCAAACUGUCAUUCUGGAUGAUGAGCUGAUCCAGUGGAAGAGAAGGCAGCAACUGGCUGGGAAUGGAGGGCCCCCGGAGGGCAGCCUGGAUGUGCUGCAGUCUUGGUGCGAGAAGCUAGCGGAGAUCAUCUGGCAGAACCGGCAGCAGAUCCGGAGGGCUGAGCAUCUCUGCCAACAGCUGCCCAUUCCUGGCCCCGUGGAGGAGAUGCUGACGGAGCUCAAUGCCACCAUCACAGACAUCAUCUCUGCCCUGGUGACCAGCACCUUCAUCAUCGAGAAGCAGCCCCCGCAGGUCCUGAAGACGCAGACCAAGUUUGCAGCCACAGUGCGACUGCUGGUAGGAGGGAAGUUGAAUGUGCACAUGAACCCCCCCCAAGUGAAGGCCACCAUCAUCAGCGAGCAGCAGGCCAAGUCUUUGCUGAAGAACGAGAACACACGAAAUGAGUGCAGUGGGGAGAUUCUGAACAAUUGCUGCGUGAUGGAGUAUCACCAGGCAACGGGCACCCUCAGCGCCCACUUCCGGAACAUGUCCCUGAAGAGGAUUAAGAGGGCGGACAGACGGGGUGCAGAGUCAGUGACAGAGGAGAAAUUCACAGUCCUGUUCGAAUCUCAGUUCAGCAUUGGGGGAAAUGAGCUCGUGUUUCAAGUUAAGACCCUGUCUCUUCCAGUGGUGGUCAUUGUUCAUGGAAGCCAGGACCACAAUGCAACAGCCACGGUGCUAUGGGACAAUGCAUUUGCUGAGCCCGGCCGGGUGCCGUUUGCUGUGCCUGACAAAGUGCUGUGGCCCCAACUGUGUGAGGCUCUCAAUAUGAAGUUCAAGGCAGAAGUCCAGAGCAACCGAGGCCUGACAAAGGAAAACUUAGUGUUCCUGGCUCAAAAGCUGUUCAACAGCAGCAGCAACAAUAUGGAGGAUUACAACAGCAUGGCCAUCUCCUGGUCCCAGUUCAACAGGGAGAACCUCCCAGGCUGGAAUUACACAUUCUGGCAGUGGUUUGAUGGGGUGAUGGACGUGCUGAGGAAACAUCACAAGCCCCAUUGGAAUGAUGGGGCCAUCCUGGGUUUCGUGAACAAGCAGCAGGCCCAUGACCUGCUUAUCAACAAACCUGAUGGAACUUUCCUGCUGCGAUUCAGUGACUCUGAAAUUGGGGGAAUCACCAUUGCCUGGAAGUUUGACUCCCCGGAUCGGAACCUGUGGAACCUGAAGCCAUUCACAACAAAGGAUUUUUCCAUCCGAUCCCUGGCUGAUCGCCUGGGAGACCUGAAUUAUCUCAACUAUGUGUUCCCAGAUCGACCCAAGGAUGAAGUUUUCUCCAAGUAUUACACUCCUGUGCUUGGAAAAGCCGUGGAUGGAUAUGUGAAACCACAGAUCAAGCAAGUCGUUCCAGAGUUUGCCAGUGCAUCUUCAGACUCUUCGGGGGCCGGCGCCACCUUCAUGGAUCAGGCCCCAUCCCCAGCCGUGUGCUCCCAGUCUCACUAUAACGUGUACCCCCAGAACCCUGACUCUGUCCUUGACCCUGAUGCGGAGUUUGACCUCGAUGAAACCAUGGACGUAGCGAGACACGUUGAGGAGCUUUUAAGCCGACCAAUCGACAGUCAAUGGAUCCCUCACAGCCACAGCCAGUCGUGACUCCUCACCCCUCCAUCACUGUGUCGUAGCCUUCUCCCCUCUCCUCACUGGUGGGCACUGAGUCCGUGCGUCCUAGAGACAAUACUCAUAACGCGGAGGGUGGAUGGCGGCUGGGACCUCGGCGCGUCUGUCUGUGGGGGUGGUGUGGACCCAAGGGGCUUCUUUCCCCACUGCCUGGUGCUUGCCAGAAUUUUCAGGGCCUUUAGCCUUAGGCUGUUUUCUCUUGUCCAUAACUCAGUCUGUAAGCUCUGAUUGUCAGAGGGGAGAAGGAAAGGCAGAGAGGGAAGCAUUCUCCUUUUCUCCUUUGCCUAGUUUGUUAGCAGCCAUGGUGGGGCAGGAUUACCCGAGGAGGGGGAGGCUGGGACAAAAUUUGCCCAUGUGCUGGCCCUAUGAGUGGCUUCCCAAAUACACCUGAAUGUAUGUGUGCACCCUUGCAUGCUCUCAUACACAUAAACGUCUGUGUACCUGCAGAGAUCAGUCAGUCCAUGUGGAUUUGGAGCCUGAGGGCCUGGAUCUUAAUUAUGUUAAUUAUGGCUCCUUUUCUGUGUUACAACCCACUUAAUCUCUUCAGUUUCCCCAAAUCUGUAAGGGGUUGGACCAGAGGAGCUUCAGGAGCCUGUUCAGCUCAAAAUCUACAACCCUACAAUCCCAAGCACCAAAAGGUUUGGGCUAAAACUCUUGGGAAAUGCUGUCCAGACCGACCCAGAGUGUGAACUCCCAGACAUUCUUGGAUUUCUCAGGGAGGUUACUCUAGCAGCCCACUCCUAGGCUGGUGCGAGAGCUGCCUCAUUCCUCUAAGUGGUCUCCAGACCCCUUCCUCUCUCUUGGGUCUAGAGUCUGACUGCCCUCUGGCAAGGCUCUUUUCUUUCACUGACAUCUCCUCCCCCACCACACACACACACACACACACACACACACACGCUCACCCUGACCUUGGCAAUGACCAGAAAACAGGCGGCUUUGGCAGCGAGAGGGGGGAGGUGUCUGGAACACAGUGAGGAGGACUCUAGGUCUUUAAAAAACAUAAACAAAAGCACAAUCUCUUCGAGGGAGAAACCGUAACUGUGUAUGUGCCGGAUGUCAGAAGCGGUCUUUUUCGGAGACUUUGGGAAUCUCAUGGCAGACGGCCUGGGUGCCGGAGGAGCCUUGCUGGCCUUGUGUUUGUCAGCUGCCCCCUCCCUCUCUCAGCUCGCCUAGCAGGCUGGGGGACUGGAGAGUCAGGUUUACAGAGCAGGAGCACGUCUUCUAGAGGCAUGUGAAGGUUAGCUGAGAGAUUGGAAAGCUUUUAAGGUCAGGGUAAGCAGGGGCCAGACGAUGACAACACAUACUUUUUGUACUUUGUAUGGAGCAUUUGAAUAAAGGGAAGAAAUGCUGUUUUUGAAUAAAAUGCUUUUUUUAAAAAUG